CACUAUAAAUAUCAUAUAAUAAUGGUGGAAAUAAACAGCGAUACUACGGAGAAGGAAACGGUGCUCAAGGGUCACCGCAUCCAAUUGAGGAAACGUUCAGAUAUCGCUAAGGAGAUUAAACAGCUGAAAUCUCAAUCUCGGAUAAAACGCGACAGUAAAGCUAUAGUUUCACUGAAUGUAUUUCUUAAGAAGUCCGUUCAGAGGGACCGUGAUAUUAAAAGAACCAAAGCACUUGAAAAGAAGCCGAAGGUGUAUGCCAAGCAACCUUACAAUUUACUCUUCGUAAUACGCAACAAACGUAGUGUGGAAUCUACUGCCUUACGUUCGACCUUGAGGGUCAUGGGCUUAUGGCAUUACGGUUCAGGCCGAUUUUUUUCAAAUUCUGAAUCCAGUCUUCGUGAUUUAGAUUUGGUAAAACCGUUUGUAUUUUACGGAACCCCUACUUUGAAGAACGUCCGAAAUUUGUUACACAAGCGUGGUACUGUAAGGCUUGACAACGGUGCCGAUACGCUAAUAAGCGGUAAUAGUGUUGUUGAGGACCAUCUAGGCGACACAGGCUUGCUGUGCGUCGCUGAUGUGGUGGAUGCCAUAUACAAAGGAACUGAUAUCGCAGAAAAUACAUUAAAGAAGCUUGGGAGUUUAUCCAUGCCAAGCAGUAUAUUGGAAGGGCCAUUACAGCACGGAGAUAUUGGAUCGAAAAUAAAUGAAAUCUUGGACACGUUGUAGC